UUUUCAUCCAGCUGACCACCUACUAUAUAAACCUGAAAUCAAGCCGUACUGGCAUAACUCAAUCGACAAUUAUAGCGAGUACUGGUCUACCAGCAGCGCUAAUUCUCAAUCAUCAUGAAAUUCUUCAUCGUACUCUCCGCUCUGGCCGCCGUCGCCCUGGCGAAGCCCAGCCUUCCUCUGGUCUACGCUCACGUCCUUCCAGGCGCCCCGACCGGCCCGGAUGGCCGCGUCGUCGACACCCCCGAGGUUGCCUACGCCAAGGCGGAGCACGCCGCCGCUCACAUAAACGAGAAGGUGACCCUUGCCAACGAAGCCGUCAAGUCCGCUGAUGUCUUCACCGUCGCUGGUCCCGCCGUCGUUUCCGCCUACUCCGCGCCCGCAUUGGUUUCCGCUUACGCUGCCCCCGUCGUCCGAUACGGACACGGAGCCCCCGUCGGCGUUGACGGCCGCGUCGUCGACACCCCCGAGGUUGCUCACGCCAAGGUCGAGCACGCCGUCGCCCACAUCAACGAGAAGGUGACCCUCGCCAAUGAGGCUGCUAAGAACUACGCCGCCCACGUCUACGCCGCCCCCGCCCCCGUCGUCUCGGCAUACUCGGCACCCCUGGUUUCCGUCUACUCCGCACCCAACGUUGUCUCCGCGUAUCCUCACGGUCUCGUCCGCAGCGUUGUCCCCGCCGUCUCCGUGUGGUAAUCGGGCACCGAUUAUCGCCGAUGCGUAUUAUGAUCGAAGAACCUACCGGGCGCUGGUCGCCACAAUCAUGUAUAAAUGUAUUUACUUACAAUUGUAAUUUUCUAUCUACUCAUAUACAGUCGUUCAGCUGCAAUAAAUAAUAUCAUGAAUCAAA